AUGGGAAAUUGUUCAUUAUGUAAUCACGCAAAUUAUGGUAAUGAAUAUUUACAUUCAGAAAAUGACACUAACAGUGAUACUUCAUUCCAAAAUUUGUAUAAUAUGUCAAACUCUUUAUCAUAUCCACUACUUUGCAGGGAGUUUCAUAAUACACUAACUACUAAUACUGAUUCUCAAAAUAUAGCUUCAGCAGAUACAAUGCAAUCAGAUAUAUCAACAAAUUAUGAUACUACAUUAUUGAUGAAUACAAUAAGAGAUUUUGGAUGGCCAUAUUUUGAAAAAUCCACUUCUGCUUUUUCUUUAUGUUCACAUGGAAAAUCCAAUUUCAGUUCAAGUUAUCGUGAUUGUCGUCUGCGUUAUAUUAAACAAACAAGAAAACUACAAAAAUAUCUUCGUGUUACACCUGAAGGUCAUAUAUUAGUGAAUAAUCCGAAAAUUGAACAUCACCAUAUACUACAUCAUAGUUUACAUCAAUCACCUGGUACUCAAUCUUACAAUAAUUCCAAAAUCAAUACAUUGGAAUGUAAAGGUAACUUAAGUAAAUUUACAACAAAUGGUCAUGAUUUAUGCAAUAAUCCAUUUGGUUCAUUAAUUAGCACACCAAAAAUUAAACGUAUAUAUACAGCAUUUUGGAAUUUGGAACCACGUGAAAGUAUCACUGUACACAAAUUACCCUCAUCAAAGACUACAACAUUUACAGAAUCAACAACUUCAUCCCUGAAUCAUUAUACAAAUGGUUAUGAUUACUUAAAUAGUACUAAUCAUGGACAAAUUGAUGAGUUGGAAUUCCCAACGCAUAAAAAUAGUGAUAACAAUAAGGAUAUUACACCAAAUACUCCACAGUUAGAACCUUUAAUUGAAGAUUCUAUAAACGAUAAAAUAACAGAUUAUCAGAUCUAG